AUGCUCGUGAGUAUAGACAAAGACGGGAAUGUGCAGAUGGAUGCCAAUGUUCUUGCGAUUUUGAGGCUGCUUGUGCAGACAGCCAUUUUCGUAUGUAUUGCAGCAGCUGCUAUUGGUUCCAGAUUGUUUUCUGUCAUCAGAUUCGAGUCCAUUAUCCACGAAUUUGACCCAUGGUUUAACUUUAGAGCAACUAAAUAUCUUGUUUCCCAUUCUUUCUAUCAGUUUUUGAAUUGGUUUGAUGAUAAAACUUGGUAUCCACUAGGUAGAGUCACUGGUGGUACUUUAUACCCCGGUUUAAUGGUCACUUCUUCCGUUAUCCAUAAUCUGCUACAUAAAAUUGGUCUUCCAGUCGAUAUUAGAAAUGUUUGUGUUAUGUUAGCCCCUGUUUUCUCGUCAUUGACAGCUUUGGCUACUUACUUGUUUACUUAUGAAAUUACGACAACUUUACCUUCGUUUAAAUACAACAAGAAAACAACGGCAUUGUUAAGUGCCGCUUUCAUGUCAAUUGUUCCUGGUUAUAUAUCAAGGUCUGUUGCAGGCUCCUAUGACAAUGAAGCAAUUUCCAUCACACUUUUGAUGAUAACCUUUUAUUUCUGGAUUAAGGCAGUCAAGUAUGGCUCUGUUUUGUAUGCUUCCAUUACCGCCGUCUUCUAUUUUUAUAUGGUCUCCGCCUGGGGUGGUUAUGUUUUCAUUACAAACAUGAUUCCUUUGCAUAUUUUCACGUUGAUUUUAAUGGGAAGAUUCGACUAUAAGCUAUACACCUCCUAUUGUACCUGGUAUGCCCUAGGUACUUUAAUGUCGAUGCAGAUUCCUUUUGUUGGAUUUUUGCCAAUCAAAUCAAAUGAUCACAUGGCUGCCUUUGGGGUUUUCGGGCUUUUGCAAUUGGUUGUUGUUACCAUUUAUUUUAAGAAUGUCUUGUCGCCAACUACAUUUUACCGUUUAAUGAUUAUUUUUGGUGCUAUGACAUUUUCGUUGGGAAUUUUUGGGUUGAUCUUAGCUACAAAAUUGGGAUGGAUUGCUCCAUGGACCGGUAGAUUCUACUCUCUAUGGGAUACGAACUACGCGAAGAUUCAUAUACCAAUUAUUGCUUCGGUUUCGGAGCAUCAACCAACUCCAUGGUCGUCAUUCUAUUUUGACAUGAAUUUCCUUAUAUGGUUAUUCCCAAUUGGCGUUUAUUUAUGUUUCCAAGAUCUAUCUAAUGAGUCAGUUUUUAUUAUCAUUUAUUCCGUGUUUGGCUCGUACUUUGCAGGUGUCAUGAUUCGGUUGAUGCUAACAUUGGCACCAAUUGUUUGUGUUUGUGCCUCUCUAACUCUGGGUAGAUUGAUUGAUAUUUACUUUGACUUUAGAGAUUUCCUUGCCGACUUAUCAGCUAAGGAUGAAGUGAAAAGCAACAAGGAGACAAACAGUACAAAUAGCUUAAGUACGUUACUAUCGAGAUUGGUGGUCAUUUCUACAUUGGUCUUUUACUUAUUCUUCUAUGUUCAACACUGUAUUUGGGUCAAUUCAAAUGCAUACUCUUCGCCGUCUGUUGUUUUGGCUACAAAGAAUAGAGAUGGUAGCCCUGCAAUUAUAGACGAUUUCAGAGAGGCUUAUUAUUGGUUAAGGAUGAACAGUGAGGAAGAUUCUAAGGUUAUGGCAUGGUGGGACUACGGCUACCAAAUUGGUGGCAUGGCGGACAGAACAACUUUCGUUGAUAACAAUACCUGGAACAACACGCAUAUUGCAACAGUGGGUAAGGCCAUGGCUGUCAAUGAGGAAAAAUCGGAAGUGAUUAUGAGGAAGUUAGGUGUUGACUAUGUCCUAGUUAUUUUUGGUGGGUUGUUAGGGUACAGUGGUGACGAUUUGAACAAGUUCUUAUGGAUGAUCAGGAUUAGUGAGGGUAUUUGGCCGGAGGAUGUCAAUGAAAGAUCAUACUUUACAGAUAGGGGGGAGUAUAGAGUCGAUGAACUGGCAUCCCAAACAAUGAAGGAUUCGCUGAUGUAUAAGAUGUCAUUUCAUGGAUUCUCAGACGCCUUUAAUGGACGGGAUGCUGUUGACAGGGUGAGACAACAAAGACUGAGUGCAAACUACGCCAAAGAUAUCCAUCUUGAUGUUCUCGAGGAGGUAUUUACAAGUGAAAACUGGUUAGUUAGAAUUUACAAACUCAAGGAUGAGGACAACUUUGGUCGUAGUUUGAUUGAAGUUGGAGAUGCGGAACGCGCAGGGCUCACACGUAGACAAAGGCGUGUUGCUGCGAAGAAGAGACCAGCAGUUGAUCUGCGUGUUUAA